GUUUCUCCCGCGGCAGGACCGCUGCCUUCCAGGUUGGAGCGUUGCCCCGGAAGUGCUCCCCUUACCCUAGCCAGCGGCAAACAUGGCGGUGGACUCGUCCAUGGAGCUGCUAUUUUUAGAUACUUUUAAGCAUCCGAGCGCUGAGCAAAGUUCUCAUAUAGAUGUGGUUCGCUUUCCAUGUGUUGUUUAUAUAAACGAAGUCCGAGUCAUACCCCCAGGAGUAAGAGCCCAUAGCAGCCUACCUGACAACAGAGCAUAUGGGGAAACAUCUCCACAUACAUUUCAACUAGACUUAUUCUUCAACAAUGUAAGCAAACCAAGUGCCCCAGUUUUUGAUAGGUUGGGAAGCCUGGAAUAUGACGAGAAUACUUCUAUCAUCUUUAGACCCAACUCAAAGGUGAAUACUGAUGGUCUGGUGCUAAGAGGCUGGUAUAAUUGUCUGACACUGGCAAUAUAUGGCUCAGUUGAUAGAGUGAUAAGUCAUGACAGAGACUCUCCACCACCACCACCUCCUCCUCCACCACCUCCUCAGACACAGCCCAGUUUAAAAAGGAAUCCAAAGCAUGUUGAUGGUGAGAAAGAAGAUCAGUUUAAUGGAAGUCCUCCAAGACCACAACCAAGGGGACCAAGAACUCCUCCAGGGCCUCCUCCACCAGAUGAUGAUGAAGAUGAUCCUAUGCCUUUGCCAGUGUCUGGUGAUAAGGAAGAGGAUGUUCCCCAUAGAGAAGAUUACUUUGAGCCCAUUUCUCCAGAUCGGAAUUCUGUGCCCCAGGAAGGUCAGUAUUCUGAUGAAGGAGAAGUAGAAGAGGAACAGCAAGAAGAAGGAGAAGAUGAUGAUGAUGAUGUGGAUGUAGAGGAAGAAGAGGAUGAGGAUGAAGAUGAUCGCCAUACAGUAGACAGUAUCCCUGAGGAGGAAGAGGAAGAUGAAGAAGAAGAAGGUGAAGAGGAUGAAGAAGGUGAAGGGGAUGAUGGUUAUGAACAAAUUUCCAGUGAUGAAGAUGGAAUUGCUGACUUGGAGCGGGAAACAUUUAAGUAUCCAAAUUUUGAUGUUGAAUACACUGCUGAAGAUUUAGCAUCUGUUCCUCCUAUGACAUAUGAUCCAUAUGACAGAGAGCUAGUGCCACUCUUAUACUUCAGUUGUCCAUACAAGACUACUUUUGAAAUUGAAAUGAGUAGAAUGAAGGAUCAAGGUCCAGAUAAAGAAAAUUCUGGGGCAAUAGAAGCAUCAUUGAAGUUAACUGAAUUGUUAGAGUUGUAUCAGGAAGAUAGAGGUGCAAAAUGGGUAACUGCACUAGAAGAAAUUCCAGGUUUAAUAAUAAAAGGAUUAAGCUAUUUGCAAUUGAAAAACACAAAACAAGACUCACUUGGCCAAUUGGUGGACUGGACAAUGCAAGCUUUAAAUUUACAAGUAGCCUUUCGACAACCCAUUGCCUUAAAUGUCCGACAGCUGAAAGCUGGGACCAAAUUAGUAUCUUCAUUAGCAGAAUGUGGAACUCAAGGAAUAACAGAAUUACUACAAGCAGGAGUGAUCAGUGUAUUAUUUGAGCUUCUAUUUGCAGAUCAUGUUUCAUCUUCCCUUAAGUUAAAUGCUUUUAAAGCUUUGGACAGUGUCAUUAGUAUGACAGAAGGAAUGGAAGCUUUUUUAAGAGGUAGUCAGGAUGAAAAAAGUGGCUAUCAAAAACUUCUGGAGCUCAUACUUUUAGAUCAGACUGUGAGGGUUGUUACUGCUGGUUCAGCUAUUCUUCAAAAAUGCCAUUUCUAUGAAAUCUUGUCAGAGAUUAAAAGACUUGGUGAUCUUUUAGCAGAGAAGACUUCAUCUGUUCCUAACCAUAGUGAACCUGAUCAUGACACAGAUGCUGGACUUGAGAGAACAAAUACAGAUUAUGAAAAUGAAGUAGAAGUGUCUAUGGACAUGGAUCUUUUGGAAUCCUCAAAUAUAAGUGAAGGGGAAAUAGAGAAACUCAUUAACCUCUUAGAAGAAAUUUUUCAUUUAAUGGAAACUGCACCUCAUACAAUGAUCCAGCCUCCUGUUAAAUCUUUUCCAACAAUGGCAAGAAUUACUGGACCUCUAGAGAGAGAUGAUCCAUACCCUGUUCUCUUUAGAUAUCUUCACAGUCAUCACUUCUUGGAGUUGGUUACCUUGCUUCUGUCAAUUCCAGUAACAAGUGCCCACCCUGGUGUGCUACAAUCCACAAAAGAUGUUUUAAAGUUUCUUGCACAGUCACAAAAAGGUCUUCUUUUCUUUAUGUCAGAAUAUGAAGCAACCAAUUUGUUGAUUCGAGCUCUGUGUCAUCUUUAUGAUCAAGAUGAAGAGGAAGGUCUCCAGUCUGAUGGUGUUAUUGAUGAUGCAUUUGCCUUGUGGCUACAGGACUCAACUCAGACAUUACAGUGUAUCACUGAACUGUUCACUCAUUUUCAGCGUUCUACAGCUAGUGAAGAAACUGACCAUUCUGAUCUUUUGGGAACUCUUCACAAUCUUUAUUUGAUUACUUUUAAUGCUGUGGGAAGAUCAGCUGUUGGCCAUGUUUUCAGUCUUGAGAAAAAUCUCCAAAGUCUCAUUACUCUAAUGGAGUACUAUUCCAAGGAAGCCUUAGGUGAUUCCAAGUCUAAGAAGUCAGUAGCUUAUAAUUAUGCAUGCAUACUUAUUUUGGUGGUGGUUCAGUCUUCCAGUGAUGUCCAAAUGCUAGAACAACAUGCAGCAUCUCUCUUGAAGCUUUGUAAAGCAGAUGAAAAUAAUGCUAAAUUGCAAGAACUUGGCAAGUGGCUUGAACCUCUGAAAAACCUUAGAUUUGAAAUUAACUGCAUACCAAACUUAAUUGAAUAUAUUAAACAGAAUAUUGAUAACUUGAUGACUGCAGAAGGGGUUGGCCUUACCACUGCCCUACGUGUUCUUUGUAAUGUGGCGUGUCCACCACCUCCUGUUGAAGGUCAACAGAAAGACCUGAAAUGGAAUCUUGCUGUUAUUCAGCUUUUUUCUGCUGAAGGAAUGGACACCUUUAUUCGGGUUCUGCAAAAAUUGAACAGUAUUUUGACUCAGCCUUGGAGGCUCCAUGUCAACAUGGGGACUACCCUUCACAGAGUUACUACUAUUUCAAUGGCUCGCUGCACACUCACUCUUCUUAAAACUAUGUUGACGGAACUCUUGAGAGGUGGCUCCUUUGAGUUCAAGGACAUGCGUGUUCCUUCAGCACUUGUUACUUUACACAUGCUCCUGUGCUCUAUCCCCCUCUCAGGUCGUUUGGAUAGUGAUGAGCAGAAAAUUCAAAAUGAUAUAAUUGAUAUUUUACUGACUUUUACACAAGGAGUUAAUGAAAAACUUACGAUUUCAGAAGAGACUCUGGCCAAUAAUACGUGGUCUUUAAUGCUAAAAGAAGUUCUUUCUUCAAUCUUGAAGGUUCCUGAGGGAUUUUUUUCUGGACUCAUACUCCUUUCAGAGCUGCUGCCUCUUCCUUUGCCAAUGCAAACAACUCAGGUUAUUGAGCCACAUGAUAUAUCAGUGGCACUCAACACCCGAAAAUUGUGGAGCAUGCACCUUCAUGUCCAAGCAAAGUUGCUCCAAGAGAUAGUUCGUUCUUUCUCUGGCACAACCUGCCAGCCCAUUCAACAUAUGCUACGGCGUAUUUGUGUUCAGUUAUGUGACCUUGCCUCACCUACUGCACUUCUGAUUAUGAGAACUGUGUUGGAUUUGAUUGUAGAAGACUUGCAAAGCACUUCAGAAGAUAAAGAAAAACAGUAUACUAGCCAAACCACAAGAUUGCUUGCUCUUCUUGAUGCUCUGGCUUCACAUAAAGCUUGUAAAUUAGCUAUUUUGCACCUAAUUAAUGGAACUAUUAAAGGUGAUGAAAGAUAUGCAGAAAUAUUCCAAGAUCUUUUAGCUUUGGUGCGGUCUCCUGGAGACAGUGUUAUUCGACAACAGUGUGUUGAAUAUAUCACAUCUAUUUUGCAGUCUCUCUGUGAUCAGGACAUUGCCCUUAUUUUGCCAACUUCUUCUGAAGGUUCUAUUUCUGAACUGGAGCAACUCUCCAAUUCUCUACCAAACAAAGAAUUGAUGUCCUCAAUCUGUGACUGUCUCUUGGCUACCUUAGCUAACUCUGAAAGCAGUUAUAACUGUUUAUUGACAUGUGUUAGAACAAUGAUGUUUCUUGCAGAGCAUGAUUAUGGAUUAUUUCAUUUAAAAAGUUCUUUAAGGAAAAACAGUAGUGCUCUCCAUAGUUUACUGAAACGAGUGAUCAGCACAUUUAGUAAGGACACAGGAGAACUUGCAUCUUCUUUUUUGGAAUUUAUGAGACAAAUUCUUAAUUCUGACACAAUGGGAUGUUGUGGAGAUGAUAGUGGUCUCAUGGAAGUAGAUGGAGCUCAUCCAUCACGGACGAUGAGUAUUAAUGCUGCAGAAUUAAAACAGCUUCUACAAAGCAAAGAAGACAGUCCAGAAAAUUUGUUCCUUGAACUAGAGAAGCUUGUUUUGGUAAAAAAAUUUGGCAUUGUGCUCUUCAGCAAAUAUUUUUCAUGUUGUAGGACUGCAUACGUGCUAGCUGAUGUUAUGGAUGAUCAGUUGAAAUCUAUGUACUUCACUCCAUUUCAGGCUGAAGAGAUUGAAACAGAUCUGGAUUUGUGUUUUUGCUUUCAUAGUGGAAAAUCUGAAUAUAUUGAACCUGCCAAACGAGCUCAUGUUGUGCCACCACCAAGAGGAAGGGGCAGGGGAGGUUUUGGACAGGGUAUACGACCCCAUGAUAUUUUUCGUCAGAGAAAACAGAACACAAGUAGACCUCCAUCUAUGCAUGUGGAUGACUUCGUUGCAGCUGAAAGUAAAGAAGUGGUCCCUCAAGAUGGAAUACCUCCACCAAAACGGCCACUCAAAGUAUCACAGAAGAUUUCUUCCCGUGGUGGGUUUUCAGGAAAUCGAGGAGGACGAGGUGCUUUUCAUAGUCAGAAUAGGUUUUUCACACCACCUGCUUCAAAAGGAAAUUAUAGUCGUCGAGAGGGAACAAGAGGGUCCAGUUGGAGUGCUCAGAAUACUCCUCGAGGAAAUUACAAUGAAAGUCGUGGAGGCCAGAGCAAUUUUAAUAGGGGCCCUCUUCCUCCAUUACGACCACUUAGUUCUACAGGCUACCGUCCAAGUCCUCGGGAUCGUGCUUCUAGAGGUCGUGGGGGACUUGGACCUUCUUGGGCUAGUGCAAAUAGUGGCAGUGGAGGCUCAAGAGGAAAGUUUGUUAGCGGUGGCAGUGGUAGAGGUCGUCAUGUACGGUCAUUUACUCGAUAAAAAUGCUUUUGGGAACACACUAAGUAUAUAUGAACAUUUCAUGAGGACAAAAAUAAUAAGACAUUGAAGGACCAAUUUAGACUUAGCAGUUAUAUCUGGAGACAUCUGAGAGAAUAUUUUUUAUCUGAAGAAAGCAGAUUUUGUUUGAUACCUAAUGAGAUUUCAAUAAAAAUCCAAACUUUGUAUGUAUGUUUGUAUAUAUUUUCCCCUUUUUAUAUGACUUAUUUAUUUAGAAAAAUUUCUAGGUAGAAAGAGAAAAACUAAAUGACUUGUUUUAUAUUUUUCUUGCCUAUUCCACAGGUGUUCCCAGACUUUUCUCAGCCCAUGACACCCUUUAGUGUCUCUGUAAUUUUUUCACAGCAUCCCUAGGCCAAAAGGAAAUAUAUCACUUUUGUUUAUUAAAAUUAGGUCCAAGCAACUUAAGAAUUUACUUAAUCACUACUAGUAAUGAGAUCACAACUAGCACUGCACAAUGUUUUAAAUCAGUAUAAUUUCCUGUUCACUAUUCUUGCACAGUACUUCUCAUCAAACUGCUGAAAGUUUUAUAAAGAUAAUACUGUCAUUGCGAGGAGGAAUAUAUUAUCUAAUGAUGAAAAUAUAAACUACCUCGAAUUAAUAGUGUUUUGGUUCCCAGCAGGUGUUGCGUUUCUUCAAAAAUUUAAAAUAUUCUGUGGCACUUACAUUAAUUUAUUAAGGUGCCUAGUACAGUUUCAGAAUCAUAGCUGCACCAAAAAAACCCAUUUCUCUUUAUGUUGGAAAGAAAUAUAUACAAACUUUGUGUUUCAGCUUUGGACCUAUUGAUGCUAUUUUAUUAUGGUUAUUUAAAGCCCAAAAUGAGGCACAUCCUAAUACUAUUAUUUUGGGGAUCAGAAACAUCUAGUAAAAGCUGAAUUUUAUAUUAAAAAGAAAGCUUAUAACUUUGUGAAAGUAGCCAUAUUUUCCCCAAGGUAUGUCUUAACACACUGAACCUAUAUAUCUGACAUAAAAUACAGAGUUCUCAUGAACAAAA